AUGAGCCUUGCAAUAGCCGCUGAGCCCUCCGAACGAUCUGAAAGUCCAAUUGAAGAACUCUCACCCAACUAUGCACCAAGACUAAGUAAAGGCCAUAAUAAGAAAAUUACACCGAGAUACAAAAAGAACCUUCGAUCUAAACCAAUUAAAUUAUCUCAUUGUGAAAUGUGCUCUGUCCUUCUUGGAAAGCGAAAACCGACCAAAGCUGCUAACUGCGGCAUUUACAAGAAAACGCAGAUUCCAGACCAUGACUCUGCGCUGUUACAUUUUUGUGCUACAAGACCGAUCCUUGAUCUAUGUGGUCGCAGCCAGGGCAUUGUUCUCGUCAAAGUAGCUCCCUUGGGUACAUUAACAAGUGGAGAUCUGAUGCGAACGAGCAGAACAUUCCCAAAUGCACCAAAUUCUCUUAUUCAUAUGCUGGCUGCCGCAAGAAUCUUCCAUGAAUGUGAUCAACCGCAAACACUUCCAGUAAUUCAUCCUAACUUAAUCUCGAAUGAUCAGAUCGAAACUGUAAACGAUCUCAAACUUGGAAAUCUUGGCCAGAAGAGCAUGUUCGUUUGGAAUUCAAAUCGGGAUGAUAGGCAAAGAUUGUGUGCUAACCCUCCCACGGUUCAACCAUCGAAGGUAGACUCAAGAGAUCCAUUUGCAAGAACAGCCACUGAAUCCGGAGAAGAUAUUCUGGAAAGAAACUGUAAAACUUUACCUGGGGUGCAAAAGUUGCACCGUUCAAUUCUUCAUAAGUGUCAGGAUCGGGUACCUCUGGCUCAAGUACGUGGUGAAACCUCCAAAAACUAUGAUUCUGCGAAAAACACGGCGCCUCCAGUGAACACAAUAUUCACUGCAUUAGGGAGUCCUCAGCCAAUUUCCGAUCUCCAUUUCAAUAAUGUGAAAAGCAUUCUUCUGGAGUUUCCUGAGUUUAGGCCCGUUCUAGUGGAAGCUCUAAGUUUCCACAAUCCUCAAAAAAAAAGUACUUCAACCCCCAAAGUACAUUUUGGAGACGCUUAUUUUGGAAACAACGAUUCUGUGAUUAGCUCGGUCACGGAGUUCUAUAUUUACGAUAAGCCCUCUAAAAUUAAGCCAGCACGUUUCUGUCCUAAGAAUCUCAUUCAAAUCAAUCAGAGCCUGCAAAACUCUGCUAUUUUCCCUUGGCAAGUCAGCGAUACUCCAAAAAUUGGAGGAAGUAUUCAUGAGCUCCUGCUACAGAUACCGCUAGAAAUACGCAACGUGAGGGCAUGGAUACUAUGCCAAAUUGAAAGCUUCUACAAGUCCAAUUUUUUGGCUUUCGCUCAUCAAUUGGUUCAUGAUAUAUGGAAGUUGCGUGGAGAAUUGAGCCAAGACUUGAAUGUUGGCUAUGCUAUUCUUGCACGAUUUGAACUACUUAAGGAGACUUCUAAGAAUGUGCCCGAAACGAAUGCAUCAAGAACGGAAUUCAAAACAAAUCUCGGCAUUUUGCAAUAUGACACUGCGCUUGCGCUCAAAAGUGUAGAGAGCACAAUAACUCACAUUUCUUCCAAGGACAUACAAGCUUCAAUCAAUAUACCGUUGCUGAAUAUGAACAAUGCUAGUGACAGAAUGGUUCUAAUUCGCAAUAAGAUUAUUGAUUUCAUGUCAGGACGAGGACAUUCCUAUUUGACAGGGGAGGAUAUCGAGAUUUUUGAACAAUUCAUAGACCAGACCAAAGCUCUUUUAAAUCUAGUCAGGAGAGACUUGGCUCUCUUGCUUGAAGAAGCGUUCCUAGUGUUAGUAGAAUCGUUUCAGGCUCUCUUCAAAUCUUUGACGGAACUCAGUGAGUUCAUUUCUAUUUCAUCAUUGUGA